AUGACUACACAACGACCUGUCAGCGAACAAUUUAACCUUCAACCCGCAAAAUCGGGAUCUAACUCACAGUAUCGACAAUCGGCUGACCUAUCUCACUUGGGACAACAACCGACAAACCAUAGGAGUUCGAGGCCAACUUCCGAAAUAUUCUCCGCAAAUAACCAUAACACAUAUCAAUCACCUGAAGCUGAAGCAAUUGACAAGUGGUUUGAAGACCUCCAACAUUAUGAACAAACACUUGAAGAAAUGGCUACAGCAAGUUUAGAUCAAAACUUCAAAGAAGAACUUAGUGCUAUUGAACAAUGGUUCCGAGUAUUAUCCGAAGCUGAACGAACGGCCGCGUUGUAUAGUUUGUUACAACAUUCAACUCAAGUACAGAUACGAUUUUUCAUAACAGUGCUUCAACAAAUGGCAAGAAGUGACCCUAUGGGAGCUCUUCUGUCACCGGCAAAUCCUGAAAAGGAUCUAAUGCAAGCGCAAUUGGCAGGCGCUAUGGCCAAAGCUGAGGUCGAAGCCAAACUAGCUGGUAUGUCUCUUAAAUCACCAACAAGUCCGACGUAUCCACGUAAUCGUUUAUAUGAUCGACACUCGGGUGUCGAAUUUUUGUCUCCUGAAGCCGCUAUUUACUCGGAUCCUGCAGCUGCACUUGCACAGCAAAGAGCUAGACUUCAAGCCAAUACCGGUAAUCGAUCGGCUUCCUUAUAUUCAUCACGACCAAAAUCUAUGGUUGCCGAAACAGAUCAAUCGGUUUGGGCUCCUACUACAGCUUUCCCAUUACGAUCUCCUCGACCAGGAACUGGCGCAUUUGAUGGCGAGUUAUCUCCUCUUGUUGGCGGUAGUUGGGCUAGUAUGGUGUCUACACCGGUGGUACCAAUGUUUGCAGAAAACAAAAAUAAGCAAUCUACAGACGUUGAUUUGGUUAAUAAAAAAUUAACCAAUUGGAGCAUUAGUAAUAGUUCUGGCAAUCGUGUUGUGUUAGAAAGUGAUGUUAAAAAAUUCCGUCGUAAUCACGGAAAAAAUAAUAAUUCUGGAGUUCCUGCUACAGUACAAGAAGAGAAAUAUAACACGGCAAAUAUCGUUCUAGCGAUGUACGACGCUGAUGGAAAUAUUCGUUCACCUCAACAAUCUCCUAUUCCAAGUCCAAAAACUCAUGGAUCAAGGCAAAGUUCGCGACCUACUUCACCAAAUCCUAACCCUACCGGUGGUUUGUAUCCUAUCCAUUCUGGUUGGGGUCCUUCAACUAGCAGUGGGAAAGGAACUCACUUAACUCCUCCGAAUGUAGGAGUACCUUAUAGUGACGAGAAUGGAGAGGUGGGCGGUUAUCAUAGUGAUCAUAGUGAUGCUUCACAUCAUGCUAAUAAUUCGAAAGGUCACAAUAGCGGCGGCGGCGGUGGUGGUGUUGUUGGUAAAAAUAAGAAAAAACCAAAUGAUGAUACAGUUGAUUUUAACUUACUACAAGAUAUUCCACAAUGGCUACGAAGUCUUCGUUUACACAAGUAUACUCCGGUAUUUGAAGGUAUGAAUUACAAAGAAAUUAUCGAAUUAGACGAUACUGAACUAGAGCAAAAAGGAGUAGCUGCUCUUGGAGCUAGACGCAAGAUGUUGAAAGAAUUUGAGAAAGUUAAAAAGGCAAUGGCUGAAAUGGGCUCAUAA